UUUUUUAAACCGAGUUCCUUAACAAAACGGGUAGCAUUCCCAGUUUUGGGAGCCGAAUAGAAAAAGGCGUACUCAAAGCUUAAUCGAAUGGCGGCGAAAAAGAGCCGGUCUCCCGAUGAUGGCGCAAGUUAAUAUAAGUUGGAAGAUCAAACGAGACUCGAGAAUAUGUUUGAAUUUCAGAGAACAGGUGAUGGAUCAUAGGGAAGCCUUUACUGUAAAAAUAAUGAUGCGGUGGUGGGUUUUGUUACUGUCGUUGCCUUGCACAAUCCACGCCUCCUCUGAAUCAAUCAACACAUUCAAAGCAGAUGGGAGUGUGUUAGAGCUCGACGAUUCCAAUUUUGAUUCCGCCAUCUCUACUUUCGACAAUCUACUCGUUGAUUUUUAUGCCCCAUGGUGUGGUCACUGCAAACGACUCUCUCCUGAGUUAGAUGCUGCUGCUCCUGUGCUUGCAGCAUUGGACAAACCCAUUGUGAUUGCCAAAGUAAAUGCGGACAAGUACACUAGCCUCCGUUCAAAAUAUGAUGUGGAUGGUUAUCCUACUUUAAAGAUGUUUAUGCAUGGGUACCCAGUAGACUACUCAGGCCCACGAAAAGCUGACUUGCUUGUUCGUUUCCUAAAGAAGUUUGUCGCAGCUGAUGUUUCAAUUCUGGAAUCAGAUUCUUCUAUCAGUAAUUUUGUUGAAGCAGCAGGGACAUAUUUCCCAAUUUUCAUUGGCUUUGGAUUGAAUGAAUCCUUGAUAAAAGAGUAUGCCAAGUCAUAUAAGAAAAGGGCAUGGUUUUCCAUAGCAAAGGAGUUUUCUGAUGAUGUUAUGGAAACAUACAAUUUUGACAAGGUUCCUGCUUUGGUUUCACUUCAUCCAGGCUAUAAUGACCAAGGGGUUUUCUAUGGACCUUUUGAAGAUCAGUUCUUGGAAGAGUAUAUCAAGCAAAGUUUAUUGCCUUUAUGUGUGCCCGUGAAUUAUGACACACUUAAAUUAUUUAGGGAUGAGGAGAGGAAGAUCGUUGUAACAAUAGUGAAGGAUGAAUUGGAGGAUAAAUCACAGAGAUUAAUCAAAACAUUGAGAGCUGCGGCAUCUGCAAACCGUGACCUAGUUUUUGGUUAUGUUGGAGCUAUACAGUGGGAAGAAUUUGUUGACACAUUUGAUGUUAAUAAAAAGACAGAGCUUCCAAAGAUGGUUGUGUGGGAUGGCAGUGAACAAUACUUAUCUGUUGUGGGUUCUGAAAAUAUCAAUGAAGAAGAAGACCAAGGCACCCAAAUAAGCCGUUUCCUUGAAGGAUACAGAGAAGGGAGAACGAUUCAGAAAAGCAUCAGUGGGCCCUCUUUCAUUGGUUACAUCAAUUCCCUUAUCGGCAUGAGGACUGUGUACCUUAUCAUCUUUGUAGUUGCGGUUGUUAUGCUUAUCCAAACCCUGAGUGGACCAGAUGAUGAUGAUCGUGGACAAACUCGGAGAGAGAUUGCAGAAAGUUCUGAAAGUUCACGUUCAGAAAUCAAAGAUGGUGAAGGCUAUCAGCCUGGGGAUAAGGAAGACUAAGAUGUUUUUGCUAAAAUUAUUUUCCUUCUCACUUCUACUUCGGAUACAGGUCAGGCAGGUCUCCGAAGGUUCCUUCGAGUGGGUCUCACUGUCUUCGUCUCAUGGAGACUCUUGGAUUCCAAAAUGAGUUAUCAUCUAAACCUAUCGAUUAUUAGACGGUACAGCAAAAUGAAUUGGGGUUCCAUAACUUUAAAAUGAGUGAUCCAAUGAGGUUUUUCAACAUAGUUUCUGGUAGAUGAAGUAAGAUAGUAUUUUUAUUCAGGAUUGAGUCUAGUUUUUGUUAUGUUUUUAUCUCCUUUCUUGUAGCAAAUUUCAGUUGUUUAUGGAUGUAAGAGGACCUGACACAGCGGGUAUUUUUUAUUUAAUAGGAUUUGGACUUGUUCUUUCUUUUUUC